AAGGAACAACACACGUGUAUUCCUCAAUCUGAAGGUUAAAUAAGCCGGUGGUCGGGUGUGUUUGUUGGCCGCUGAGAGUGCUCGUUUGGACGGUUCUAUUUUGGAGAGAGUACGGUCUGGAGCGGACACAACGCAGACAUGGACCCAGAGAAAGCACAGCAACUGGCGGCGGAACUAGAAGUGGAAAUGAUGGCUGAUAUGUACAAUCGGAUGACCAACGCGUGCCACAGGAAGUGCGUGCCCCCCCACUACAAGGAGGCAGAGCUGUCUAAAGGGGAGGCGGUCUGUCUGGACCGCUGUGUGGCCAAGUACCUGGAUCUACACGAGAGGCUGGGCCGCAAGCUCACCGAGCUCUCAGUUCAGGACGAGGAGAUGAUGAGGAAGAACGCUAUUGGACAAUAAUAUAUAUAUAUAUAUAUUUAGGGAGGGAUGGGGGUGGGUUAGUGCUAUGGUUACCAUGCUUUCUGUGCGGGGGGAUAGAGAGAGGGAGCGAUAGGGUUUAAUAAACGUAUGGCUCUUAUGGAGGGGAUGGAGUUGCCGUCCAGAGUGGGUUGGGUGUGUUUAAAGAGCAAGAUGCUUGGAAGGAAGGUUUGUGAUUACGGUGUGGAUUGGAAAUUGGGAUGGAUGAAGCCUGUUUUGUGUGAACAGAGGUUGUACUUGUGGUUUGAGCCAAGAUCUUUUUUUUUUUUACCACAGCAAAGACACUAAUGUCCAUAGUUAACUAUGAUAUGUUCAGCCAAUCAGUGCUCUCUCAGCAUUGUGUGUGUAGCCCUUUUUUAGUUAUGUGGGUGUGUCCGAAGUGAUGACGAAUUGAGAAAUCCCCCAAUAAUGUUUAACAAAAUGCUUUCAUUGUUCCAUAGUGCAGUAUUCUUCAAGCCAUUCCUUAGGGGGACCCUGGGAGGUGCUCCUUUCUGCUCUAGCCAUGGACUAAUACACCUGUCUCAACUGAUGACGGACACCCGUUGGGCUCAUAUCAGUGUCUCAGAGUAGGAGUGCUGAUCUAGGCUUUAUGAGUACGGGCCCUUGUCCCGUAGGAAUAGAUGGAGACACUGCUGUAGUCAAUACGAGGACCAUGCCUAUCUGAGUGUCAUUUCUUUACAUUUUUGAUCAGUCUCAGUUUGUUCAUUGGCUUUGUAUUUUCUUCAUGUUGAAACUGUGCUAAUGUUGUACAAAGUUUUCUUUUGUGACAUUUUAAAAACCUUUUUUUGUUUUAAAUCUGAAUAAAUAUUGUUAUAGUAUA